AAUUGUUGUAAAACAUAUAAUAAAAAGUUAUAGUAUUUUGAAAUGUCGGCGAUAUAUAACUUUUCGGGAAAAGUAGCGCUAAUAACGGGUUCGUCUUCAGGCAUCGGUGCGGCCACUGCUCUACUAUUGGCCAAAAGUGGUGCCAAUGUUGUCAUCACUGGACGUAAUGCCGAUAAUGUGUCCAAAAUAUGCGAAGAGUGUACAAAAUUGUCGCCAAAAGGUCUGAAAGCACUUCCAGUGGUGGCAGACGUGACCAAAGAGGCAGAUCUCGACCGACUUCUCGACACUACUAUUAAAACAUUCGGCAAAUUAGAUAUUUUGGUGAAUAACGCGGGUUUCGGAAGCUUUUCCCAGAUAUCAGACGCCAAUUAUCUUAAAACUCAACGAUCAGUGUUUGACACAAACCUUAUUUCUGUGAUAUAUUUAACCCAUAAAUCAAUACAAUAUUUGGAGAAAACGAAAGGAAACAUAAUUAACAUUUCGAGUGUCGCUGGCAUACAGUCUGCGAAAGGGAUGUCAGGCUAUUGUAUGUCAAAAGCAGCGCUGGAUAUGUUCACCAAAUGUAUUGCCGUUGAUUUGGGCUCAAAAGGCAUUCGCGUUAAUUCAGUCAAUCCCGGAGCUGUUCGCACAAACAUUUUAAGAGAUAUGCCGGUCACUGAUGAGCAAACCAAUGCCAUUUGGGACGCUAUGAGCAGUAUAUACCCGGUUGGCAGGUGUGGGGAGUCAGUAGACAUUGCCAGCGCUGUUGCCUACCUGGCCAGUGAUCAAGCCAGUUUUUACUCGCGGGUCGAGUCAUCCUAUUUAAUAAUAACGGGUUCGUCUUCAGGCAUCGGUGCGGCCACUGCUCUACUAUUGGCCAAAAGUGGUGCCAAUGUUGUCAUCACUGGACGUAAUGCCGAUAAUGUGUCCAAAAUAUGCGAAGAGUGUACAAAGUUGUCGCCAAAAGGUGUGAAAGCACUUCCAGUGGUUGCAGACGUGACCAAAGAGGCAGAUCUCGACCGACUCCUCGACACUACUAUUAAAACAUUCGGUAAAUUAGAUAUUUUGGUCAAUAAUUCAGGGAUUGGAAGCUUUUCCCAGAUAUCAGACGCCGAGUAUCUUAAGACUCAACGAUCAGUGUUUGACACAAACCUUAAUUCUGUGAUAUAUUUAACCCAUAAAUCAAUACAAUAUUUGGAGAAAACUAAAGGAAACAUAAUUAACAUUUCGAGUAUCGCUGGCAUACAGUCUGGUAAAGGGAUGUCAGGCUAUGCGAUGUCAAAGGCAGCGCUGGAUAUGUUCACCAAAUGUAUUGCCGUUGAUUUGGGCUCAAAAGGCAUUCGCGUUAAUUCAGUCAAUCCCGGAGCUGUUCGCACAAACAUUAUGAGAGAUAUGCCGGUCCCUGAUGAGCAACGUAAAGGCAUGUGGGACGCUAUGGGCAGUAAAUACCCGGUUGGCAGGUGUGGAGAGGGAGUGGACAUCGCCAACGCUGUUGCCUACCUGGCCAGUGCCCAAGCUAGUUUUGUGACUGGUACAAUACUAGUUGCUGAUGGCGGGCACCUUGCUGCUAAUGUUAAUUUGGGAUUUGAUUAAUCAAUUCGUUUUAUUUAAAUCAAU